UCCACCACUUGAGGCCUGCUUGUUGCCCGUCUGGCCAGAGGAGGCGCCUUCCUGGAUUCUCAUGAGAGCACUGUAUGGGCUUCCCCAGCAGCGGGCUGCCUCCAGAGACAGGAGACCCACAGACUCUCACCGCCUGAGACAGACACCAUAUCUGAUUCAUUGACAAGACCACAAUCUGAUUCCAAAGAUGUGUUCCACAAACCCAGGCAACUGGGUCACAUUUGAUGAUGACCCUGCUUUUCAAUCUUCUCAAAAGUCAAAGAAUUUACCUCUGGAGAAUCAAGGCAUUUGUAGGCCAAAUGGACUUAAGCUGAACCUCUCUGGUGCUAAGGAGUUUCCCAGUGGAUCUUCCUCUGCCAGCAAUACCCCCCUCUCCUCUCCCAUCAUAGACUUUUACUUUAGUCCAGGACCUCCAAGUAACUCUCCUCUUUCUACACCUACGAAGGACUUCCCAGGUAUUCCUGGCAUCCCCAAAGCAGGGACUCAUAUGCUUUAUCCUAUCCCAGAAUCAUCCUCAAACAGUCCACUUACAAUAUCAGGAGUAGGCUCUUCCUUAUUGCCUAGCAAACCAACUUGUUUAUCCCAUGCUUCCUUACCCAGUGACCACUCAUGUACACAUCCAGCUCCCAAAGUGGGUCUUCUGGAAGAAGUUAGCCCUCCCCAGGCUGAAAGCCUAGGGUUUCAAAGUGAUACUCCCCAGUUUCAGUAUUUUCGGGAGGACUGUGCUUUUUCAAGUCCAUUUUGGAAAGAUGAAGGCAGUGCUUCCCAGUUCAUCUUUGACCCUCCAGGAAGCAGAAAGGCUUACCCACCAAGAGACAAAGAGAUGCCUAUCGAUCAAAAAAGCUUAAAUCAGUGUUCACUCAACUAUAUCUGUGAGAAGCUUGAACAUCUUCAAUCAGCUGAGAACCAAGACUCAUAUGGAAAUUUGUCUAUGCAGUCUCUGUAUGGUGAAGACACUGCCUCUUCCUUUGUUCCCCCCAUGCUCUUCAGGAGUCAGCCAAAACCUGGAUGGUCUUUUAUGUUGAGAAUUCCCGAGAAGAAGAACAUGAUGUCUUCCCGUCAGUGGGGACCAAUUUUUCUAAAAGUCUUACCUGGAGGAAUUUUGCAAAUGUAUUAUGAGAAGGGGUUAGAAAAACCAUUUAAGGAGUUACAGCUCGAUCCACAUUGCAGGCUUUCUGAACCAAAAGUUGAGAACUGUAGUGUGGCAGGAAAAAUCCAUACUGUGAAGAUUGAACAUGUGUCUUACACAGAAAAAAGGAAAUACCAUUCUAAAACAGAAGUAGUUCAUGAACCAGACAUCGAACAGAUGCUGAAGUUGGGGUCCACAGAGUACCACGAUUUCCUUGACUUCCUGACUACUGUGGAGGAGGAGCUGACAAAGCUGCCAGCUGGUUCAAAACCAAAAAAGAACUAUGAGGAACAAGAAAUUUCCCUAGAAAUUGUGGACAACUUUUGGGGCAAAAUCACUAAAGAAGAAGGAAAAUUGGUUGAAAGUGCUGUCAUAACUCAGAUCUAUUGCCUCUCUUUUGUAAAUGGGAACACAGAAUGCUUUUUAACCUUGAAUGACCUCGAGCUGCAGAAGCGAAACGAUCGCUACUUUGAAAAAGACCCAGAAAAGAAGGGGAUUGAUAUUCUCGACUAUCAUUUUCAUAAGUGUGUGAAAGCACAAGAAUUCGGGCAAUCAAGAAUCAUUAAGUUUGUACCGCUGGACGCCUGCCGGUUUGAACUGAUGCGUUUUAAGACUUUGUAUAACGGGGAGGAUCUUCCCUUUUCCCUGAAGUCUGUAGUGGUUGUCCAGGGGGCGUAUGUGGAGCUUCAGGCCUUUGUCAACAUGGCCCCAUUGGCUCAGAGAUCUUCCUCUGCCAGUUCCUUGAGGUCCUGUGACAACAUAAUGAUACACUUUCCUGUCCCAUCACAGUGGAUCAAGGCCCUCUGGACCAUGAACCUCCAGAGGCAGAAGUCCCUGAAAGCCAAAAUGAACCGCCGGGCAUGUCUAGGGAGUUUACAUGAACCUGAAUCAGAACCUGUUAUACAGGUCACUGUGGGGUCAGCAAAAUAUGAGAGUGCCUACCGGGCUGUGGUAUGGAAGAUAGACCGGCUUCCUGAUAAAAAUUCAAGUCCUGAUCAUCCCCAUUGCUUGUCAUACAAACUAGAACUUGGAUCAGACCAAGAAAUUCCCUCUGAUUGGUAUCCAUUUGCUACUGUUCAGUUUGGAAUGCUUGACACCUGUGCCUCAGGGACAGAGGUCAGGUCUUUGGGUGUGGAGAGUGAUUUCCAGCCACAGAAACAUGUUCAUCAGAGAGCUUGCUACAACAUUCAGGUUGAAAUAGAAAAGAAGAGGAUUAAAAUCGAUGGAGAAGACCCAGAUAAAGCUGGUGACUGCGUAACUCAGUAGAAGUGGCAAGAGUAAAUGAUGACCCACUUUUCAAAUAUGCAAUUGACAGAAACCAUACAAAGAUCUGCUCUGUGCUGUGGAAAUGACUUUUUUAUAGAGGGGUUCGGACAGGUCCAAUGGCCUUGUUUAGAGAAGUGGAGACCUGAAAGCAAACAAUCUGUAUUUUAUGCUUUUGAUAUGUUUGUGCUGCAGGAGUUUCAUCUAAAAUGUGUCUAUAGUUUGUGUGAUGUCUUUGUUUCCCAUUAAAACUCAGAGUCACUGUUA